AUGUUCCAUUGCAGGUGUCGUGGAUUUCGAAAAUGUUUACUUUUGCAAGUGUGCCGAAUAUUUGCAUCAUUCGGCUUCAAGACGCACAUUAUGCGCGAGUGUAACAGAACGCAGGAACACCAUUAACAUUCCCUCGAAACACAAAACAGUUCAAUAAGUGUAGUAUCAUUCAAUUCCCGGGUUUUGUCCUCACAAACAACAUCGCGAUGUCCUUGUUUCACUGGACGGAUGGUAACAUCCACACAACGGCCCUUACGCCCCGUGAUUAUCAAACCGAGCUGCUGGCUAUGGCUCGGGAGGAAAAUCUGAUCGUUUGUUUGGCUCACAAUACUGCCAAAGAGUUUCUUUCGGUGAAGCUUAUCCAAUCGAUGCGCUCCGAAUGGUGGGACCAACCGGGAGCGGCACGGAAAGCUGUUUACCUGACACCACGAGUUGAUCGCUCGUUGCUAUCGUCGAUGGUAUCGAAUCUAACCGACCUGAAAGUGGCCAAUAUAGGCACGGAGGAAUUUGGUGACGAUUCGCACGAGUUCGACUCGAUGGGACAAUCGGCAGUAUCGACAGCAGAUCUAGCAUUGGCAGAUGUGCUGUUCUUUGGCAGCGAUUCUACGCUGCUGGAGUACCUCGAUCAGGGAACGGUUCGGAUUGAAGACAUAAGUUUACUGAUUGUGGAAGAAUGCCAUAAAAGUUAUGGCCAUAAGGAGCUGUGGGAGAUCUGUUCCCGGCUCGGCUGCCGAACAAGUCAAAAGACAAGAAUUCUGGGCCUUGCCGGUCCUUUACACGGCGCAGGUUGUACGCCGGAACGAUUGUGUUGGGAACUGCAUUCGCUCGAGCGGUGCCUCCGAGCACGUAUCGAAACGGCAAGCGACAUUACAAGCGUUCUUCGAUUCAGCACAAAGCCCACGGAACUUAUUCUGGAAUGUGUUCCGGCACAGCCGUCAACACUUAGUGAUAAUCUUCGGAAAUUAAUACAAGGCCACAUCAUGUUCCUGCAGGACCAUCGGUACGAUCCAUUAGCACUGUACGAUCUGGACAGUACUGAAAGCGCUAGCGAUAAGGCGGGAGCUGAUGGAAAAUUAGAUUGUGACGAGGAGGAAGACGAACUGCGUCGUGAGCUGCGUUCCAUUCCCGAUCCAACGGUACAGCCCAUAAGCUACCUCAACCAAUAUCUCGAUCUGUUGCGCGAAUUUGGACCCUGGGGCGCAGAUCGCGGUGCGCUAGAACUGUUAACGACGAUCGAGAAGGAAAAGAUUCGAACACCUUACGAGCGGCACUUUCUACUGCUCCAAGAGGUAUCGACCGCGCUGGUAAUGACACGGGCCAUUGUUGCACACGUGUUUGCUCGUUACGCGACAGAGCUUGAGCGCAUUAAGCGUUUCUCAACACCCAAAGUUUGCCGUUUGCUCGAGGUACUGGCAUGGUUCGGGGAGCAACGAAACCGGCCCAAGGAGCGUUGCCAGCAGGGCACACUUCACCACCACCAGCAUCAGUCAAAAAUUCUGUACUGCUUCUGCCGUAACGUCGAGUGUAACAAUUUGGAAAAGCGUUACCACUCGUUCGAAGCACAAAUAGCGCACGUAGACGAGCGCAUCAAGCGGCUGGAAAAUUUGCUCGGUGCCACACGCAAGCAAGCGGAACGGUUGUGUCAGAAGCACAAAGGCACCGAAAUGUUCUCCACCGACGGUAUCCAAUCGCCACGCCACGGAAACGACGGACGGGUGAACAAUUUUCGUAGAAAACGUUUCCCCGGUGGUGGAAUUGGAGGUGGUCAUUCACAUCAUAAAUCGAACGAUGCGACGGAUGCGCUGUGUGGUUUGAUUUUUUGCAAUAACCGUUCCAUGGCACGCAUACUCUAUGUGCUGCUGUACGAAAUAUCUCGUUCGCAGCGGGAAUUUGACUUCAUUAGCCCACAGUACACGGUCGAUAAGGUGGCCAAUCCGCAAACGGAUGCUCAGCAGGCCGCGUUGGAGCAUCGCAAGCAGGAGGAAGUGUUGAAACGCUUUCGAAUGCACGAGUGCAAUCUGUUGAUAGGGACGUCCGUGCUAGAGGAAGGCAUUGAACUGCCAAAGUGCAAUCUGGUCAUACGAUGGAACAGCCCCUCGAACUAUCGAUCGUACGCUCAGUGUAAGGGCCGAGCGAAAGCACCGGGCGCUUACCACAUUUUGUUCGUCACGCCGGAACAAUCGGUCGGUUCGGAUGCGCCAAAGGAAGAAACGCAACCGAGUGAGGAAGAGUCACUGGAUGGAGUGUUUAUGGUUCACGAUUCACCCACGGACGAAUGUACGGCACAGAGGGAUGAACCGGAUCAAGAGCUCAUCAAACAAUCUACCGAUGCGAUGAUUGAACGGGUUGCAAUUUAUCGAGAAGUUGAAAAGCUGCUGCUUGCCAAAUGUCGCAACGGUGAACCCGUCGAAUGGGAACUGAAACAUGCCGAGUGUUUUAAUCACUGUCUCGAAGUUUAUCGUCCAGGUAGCGUUAGUCCAUCGAAUGUUGGACCGAUCGCUUCGCUGUGGUUAGGCAAUGCAGUCCAAACACUGAAUAAAUACUGUGCCAAGCUGCCAAGCGAUACGUUCACCAAGCUCACACCGAUCUGGCGCUGUGCUACAACGGUGCGAAAAGGACGAACGCUGUACCAGUACACUAUCCGUUUGCCAAUAAACUCGCCAUGGAAGGAAGACAUAUUGGGUUUACCGAUGCCCACGGAAACGUUAGCACGCCGAUUGGCUGCGUAUACGACCUGCCGGAUGCUGCACGCCGCCGGAGAGCUUGAUCAUUCGUUUCAACCGUACGGUAAGGAGGCGUUCCGUGCAUUCGAAUCCGAUUGGGAAAACUUUGAGCUCGAGGAAUCGGACGCAAAGAUACUGUCGGAAAAUAGUGAUCCACGACCGGGGACAACGAAACGACGGCAAUACUACUACAAAAGGAUCGCAUCAGUAUUUAACGACUGUCGACCGGACGUUGAUACGGUGGCCUAUCUCUACCACAUACGCAUGGAGCUGAUCUGUCCGAUACCGGAGGAGCAAAAUACGCGGGGCCGUAAGAUAUAUGCACCGGAAGAAUCACCGCAAGGGUUCGGCAUUUUAACAACGAAACUAAUACCAAAGAUAAGUUCCUUUCCCAUAUUUACCCGCUCCGGUGAGGUGAAAGUAUCGCUCGAUCUCUGCCCGCAGCGUGUCCGACUCACCGCGCAACAGCUGGAAAUGGUAAACUGUUUCGUAAAGUACACCUUCACCAAGGUCUUACGCUUGCAGAAAAGUCUCAUGCUGUACGAUUCCAAUGCGGUGGAGAAUUGUUUCUUCAUCGUGCCGACCAUAAAGCGACUGGCUGUGUCAAACGGUACCAGUCCAUCCGACCAACCGGACGAUGUAACGGUGGAUUGGGAAUUUGUGGAAAAGAUUGCAACGAACAUUCAUCGGAGUGGACCAACGUUCAUACCGGACGAAGCGCGCCAAGGAUACGUAUUCGAUGUGGGUAAAUUUCGGGACGCAGUUGUAAUGCCCUGGUACCGCAACCGGGACCAACCGCAGUAUUUUUAUGUGGCGGAAAUCUGUAACCAUCUGUCGCCGAAAAGCGCCUUCCCCGGAUCAAACUAUGCCACGUUCGAGGAAUACUACCACCGCAAGUACAGUAUUCACAUACAAAAUCUACGCCAACCAUUGCUGGACGUUGAUCAUACGAGUGCCAGACUCAACUUCCUGACACCGCGGUACGUGAACCGUAAAGGUGUGGCGCUUCCGACCAGCUCGGAAGAAACGAAGCGAGCCAAGCGUGAAAACUUGGAGCAGAAACAAAUUCUUGUUCCCGAGCUGUGUACGAUACAUCCGUUUCCUGCUUCACUGUGGCGAGCGGCCGUCUGUCUACCGUGCGUACUCUAUCGCAUCAAUGCGCUGCUGCUGGCCGAUGAGAUACGGCGUCAAGUUGCGCGAGAUCUGCGCUUGGGAUGGGAAAAUGUCGAUGAGUUACGGGAGGGUCACUUUCAGUGGCCAAUGCUAAGCUUUGGCUGGAAUCUGGCGGAUGUGUUGCGCAAAACAAAGGAACAGAAAAUAUCUCAGAUCACAGAAAACGAUCCACUAGAAGGUUGUCCUAUCAUUGAUCAAAAGAAGGUGGGAAAUGAAGAAGAUGCGCUGGUAGAGGUCGAUGAGGAAGAUGGUUUGAAAAAGGAAAAAGGUGCGAUUGGUGAUGAUGGUGAUGAUGCUGAUAUCAGUGCCGAUAAGGACAAGGCCGAACAGAAGACUGAUGCUGAUGGAUCGCUGCUUGAAAUUGGGACAUGGUCCAAUGAAAUGGCGGCCGGUGUAGCGACCGGUGAUGACAACGAUGAUAUGGAAAAUGGAGCCAGAAGAGGCCCUUCGUCACCAUCAUUCCUUCGGUACGAUUCUGAUUGCAGCAGCAACAGCAGUGCGAAUUACUACUCCUCCGACGACUAUUACGAAGAAGAAGAUCACUACCUGUUCGACGUCCUGGACAGACCGGUGAAUGCUUUACCAGCCAUCGAAGGUCCCGAAGGGGCCACAAACACGACAAACGACUCAAACGGCAGGGCGUGUAAGAAGCUCGCCACAAAUCAGCAGGACACAACGAUGAAUCUGGAUGGACGGUUAAAGAUUGAGUUCAAGACUGAAAACGAUGCCGAAGCGAUCGAUUCCGAGUGCGAUCUGCAGCGGCGACGCACACAGCAAAGCAUCAUCCAACGGUUGCGCCAAAAUGAUAUGCUGUACCAGAGCUCAAAGAAUGCGGUGGAUGGAUUCUGUUACUCGCCGAACGAUCAGCUGUGUGCCGAGGAACGCCAAUCAGCGGAACAAAGCUUUGAGCAGCAGAAAAACCACACGAAGGAUAACAUCCGACAGCAGGGGACGCUUGUGCGCUGGAACGAGCGGCUGUCCGUACAGCACUGGCGUUCGAAGCUGGAGGAUGAAGAAUUGGCAACACUUAGCGCACUGAUGAACGAUAUGGGUGGGUUACCGUUCCAGGAGUUCGUACCGUACGUCGAGGCGGAACAACUGUUUGAGCUGUUGGUACGAAACGGCAGCAAUGGAGAACGAUGGCUCAGGUUGGACGAUCUGUACGGUUUGAAUGAACCGUUCUUUCCCGAGCGUUACACGGUGCUUCGUGGUGGCUCGCAGUUUGAUAACUUUCUGGACGAAAACGACGAUCACUCGGCUCCGUCACAAGCGAAAGUGAUCGAACUUACCAUUAGCAAUCCUUUUCCGGCUAUUGCUGCUGGACAGACGGCGUGCAACUACAAACCGAAACAUUCCAUGCGCAGACGGGGAGAGACGCAACGUAAUGGAACAGAGCGCAGUUCCUCUCUUAGUCCGGCCUGGAUGGAUAAGGAUGGCGAAAGCUUCAGUUUCGACUAUCAGCCCGACUUGAAUCAACAUCCCGGACCAAGCCCGGCCAUCAUUUUGCAAGCACUAACCAUGUCGAACGCCAACGAUGGUAUCAAUCUGGAACGGUUGGAGACGAUAGGCGAUUCCUUUCUAAAGUAUGCUAUAACGACCUAUCUCUACUGCCGAUAUGACAAUGUGCACGAGGGCAAGCUGAGCCAUCUGCGAUCGAAACAGGUGUCGAAUCUGAACCUUUACCGAUUGGGGCGAAGGAAACGUUUAGGCGAUUGUAUGAUCGCGGCUAAAUUUGAACCCCACGACAACUGGUUACCUCCGUGCUACUACGUGCCGAAAAAUCUCGAACAAAAGCUGAUGGAUGCUAAGAUUCCUGCCUGCCAUUGGAAUUUGGCCGAUCUGCCCGAUAUCAAGCGCCUGUCGUGUGACGAAAUAUGUGACAUAAUCCAGGAACGAUCGCGUGCGAAACGAAAGAAAGAACUCAACGGCGAUAGGGACAGUGAUGAAGAAGACGACGAAGACGAUACAACCAACGGAGAAGACAAAGACGAUGAGAUGGAUUACAACGCCUGCUUCAUUCCGUACAAUCUGGUAACGCAGCACAGCAUACCGGACAAAUCGGUGGCGGACUGUGUCGAGGCACUGAUCGGUGCGUACUUGAUCGAGUGCGGCCCCCGGGGAGCUUUACUAUUUAUGGCAUGGCUCGGUAUACGGGUGCUUCCGAUCCGGGAACCACCGGAGAAGAUGCGCGAUCUAUCAAACGCACCGUCGGUAGUUUCCCGGUACGGGGAAAUCGAACGGGAUGCGCUACAAUCAACUGGCACUGUCACGAUUGCGGAGUACGGGCACUGGGUCGCGCCACCUUCACCCAUGGUGCGGGCCAACAUAACGUUCGGUGGCAUCGAUGCUGGGGCCGUUGCGACGGCUCGCGAGCUGGCAAGACUGUUGCAAGGGUUCGACGUGUUCGAGGAUGUACUCGGCUAUCGGUUCCAGGACCGAUCCUACCUGCUGCAAGCCAUGACGCAUGCAUCCUACAGCCCAAACCGUCUGACGGACUGUUACCAACGGUUAGAAUUUCUGGGCGAUGCCAUCUUAGACUACCUCAUCACGCGCCAUCUGUACGAGGAUCGAAGGCAGCACUCACCGGGAGCCCUUACCGAUCUACGGUCGGCGCUCGUGAACAAUACGAUAUUUGCGUCGCUUGCCGUACGCCACGGGUUUCACAAGUACUUCCUGCAUCUGUCACCCGGUUUGCAGGAGGUAAUCGAUCGUUUUGUGCGCAUCCAGCAAGAGAAUGGUCACCGUAUUACGGAGGAGGAAUACUAUCUGCAGGACGACGACGAGGAACUGGGAGAGUUCGGUAUGGCAGUGCAGAUUGGCGGUGUGGAAGGGAGCGGUGGUAUUGCCGAUGGCAGAGGCAUCGGAGAGGCGGAAGACGUGGAGGUUCCAAAAGCGUUGGGCGAUGUGUUCGAAUCGAUUGCCGGUGCCAUAUUCUUAGAUUCCGAUAUGUCGCUCGAUACCGUGUGGAAGGUUUACCGCAAAAUGAUGGGCCCGGAAAUAGAGAAAUUUAGCAGUUCGGUACCGAAAUCACCAAUACGGGAGCUGCUGGAAAUGGAACCGGAAACGGCCAAAUUUGGCAAACCGGAGAAACUGGCCGAUGGUCGACGCGUCCGUGUAACGGUUGAAGUGUUCGGGAAAGGUAAAUUCCGCGGUAUCGGAAGAAACUAUCGUAUCGCCAAAUGUACUGCAGCGAAGUGUGCCCUACGACAGUUGAAAAAGCUCAGCAAUGCCAACCAUCACAAACGACGCUAGAGAGGCGGGGUAGAACAAUUGAUUAGUACAUUUUCCGUUGUGCAAUUUUACGAUUCGGAUAUGUAGAAAUAUAAUAAAUGUGCCGGUGUGUAAAAAUGU